GCAUGCAAUAUUCAAAUAACAAUACAUUUACAGCAAUUUCAUAAAUUAAAGUGAAAGAAAAAGGUUGUACCAUUGAAACUUCAAUACUGAAAUUAUACAACUUCUUUGAAAAAGUAAAAACAUUACAAAUGUCAGAACUGACAAAUGGCACAAUGACCGAAAGUGGAUUUUACAAAAAAGCAGCUAAUUAUUGGGCUAAUAUACCAGCGACGGUGGACGGAGUGCUCGGCGGUUUUGGAUAUAUUUCAGAAACUGACAUUGCGGGCUCUAAAGUCUUUCUGAGUGAAGUUCUAGCGUUAGAAAACCCACCAUCAACAAACCAUGCUCUCGACUGUGGAGCGGGAAUAGGAAGAGUUACGAAGUAUGUUCUGCUGCCACGCUUCGAGAAGGUGGAUUUAGUCGAGCAAGACGAAAAGUUCAUUAACUCCGCACAACAAUUCAUUGGUAAAGACCACGAUAGGAUAGAAAGUCUGUAUAAAAUCGGUCUCCAACAUUUCAAACCCGAGAAAAAAUACGACGUCAUUUGGUGCCAGUGGGUGAUCGGUCACAUUAAGGAUUAUGAUUUAAUCGCUGUUUUAGACCGACUUCGCGUUUCUCUGAACGAUAACGGUUUGAUUAUCAUAAAGGAGAAUUUAACAACUUCGAGAACUAUAGAUUAUGAUGAAGACGAUUCAUCGGUAACGCGUCCUAUAGCGUUAUUGGAAACACUGUUUAAGGAAGCCAAAUUGAAAAUAAUAAAAAAUGUCGUUCAACAAGGAUUUCCAGACGGCUUAUAUCCCGUGCACACAUUUGCCUUAGUUCCUAUAGAGAAAUAAAGUGUAUAAACUUAAA